AUCCCCAGUCUUAUUAGCUUGCGCUCCCAAUGUGUCACUUCCGCGUUCUCGCUGGGCCCAACCCCGACUCCCUCCAGCCCAUAACGCACCUCGUCAACUCGGGCUCGUCGCACCCCAUCGCAUCCGACGCAUUUGACGGCGCUGUUGCUGUUUAUAUCAAGGGGUUCCAGCCACCAAAUGAUGUUUCUACUGGCAAGGGGUGCGAGUACUUCGAGAGGGAGGAUAGGAAGGGUGUUACGUGGAGUAUACAGGUUCGAGGCAGGUUCCUCCAACCCCACUCCGCAGACGAUGUCCUGUUUGGCAAUGUCUUUGAUAAGCCCCUCAAACUUCCCUGGGGCUCUGGUGCCGCUCUGAAGUUCAUGAGCUACAUCGACCCAACACUCUCGCAUGAUCUCGUAUCCACGCCGCGCCCGUGGGCGUUGUCCCCGCUCGUAUCGACGAUGCCGCAUCUUGCGCAUCGACGGCUCGACGAUGUGGCUCGGAGUAUGACGGAGGUGUUUCCGCCGAAGGAGAGCGUCGUAGAUGACGCAUCACAGCUGCACCUCGCGCUCACCUCGAAUCCAUCCUCCAGCGGAAGCACUACCAGCGGUAGCAGUGCCGGCUCGUCGGCGGCCUCGUCCUCGUCGUCGCUCGCGUCGGUGUUGAGCAAAGCAUCUGCGGCCAGUAAAGCGUCUGUGGCGAGCAAAGCGUCGGCGGUGAAGAGCAAGGUCGCGAAGCUGAAGCACAAGAGCGGAAAAGGGUCAGCGGGGCCGGGGGGAGAGCUGAAGCUCAAGAACGCGAGCGAGCGCCGGGCGCAUUUUAGCAAUGUGAAACGGAGGAAGGACAUUGUGUUUGGACCUGAUGACGAACUGACGCUCGACUUCUGCUACGGCUACCUCGAGUUCGCGCCCUCGCUCACGCUGCGCCUGCCCGGCGGGAUCUCGUUCGACCUCAUGCGCUUCUGGGAUCGUCAUCCGGUGCGCUUCGUGUGCUGCGAGCGCGGGCGCGUUGGUACGCCGGCGUCGGCGGCGGAGAACCUGGGCGAGGGGGAGACGGCGUAUGGGCGGGUGUUUUGGUGUGUGAGCUUUGAGCUUGCGGACGACGGUGAUGAGGGGGAGGGUGUGGGUAGGACGGAGGAGCGGGAUGAUGUCGCGGGUGUGGAUUGAGGGUGGGGAGGGUGUGUGGAGGGAGAUGUUGUACGAUUUGUGGACGCUGGUGUUUUUUUGAGCAGGUGUGGACCUUUAGUUGUAUGUAGAUGCGUGUAGCACUUUUUGGAUGGACGGACUCUGGUUGACUUUUAGGGAUGUACUUUACUUUGUGAUGAUGAC